AUGGGAAAGAAGAAAGGAGCUGCCAAUAAAUUGGCUAAAAUGUCCGAUGAAGAACGAGCACGCUAUUUGCAACAUCGUGCUGAUCUAGAGGAAGAAGCUCGACGACGCAAACAACAAUUGAUUGCUAUAUUUUUGAAGAACAAAUUGAAAAGGGAAGACGCAUUCUCACGAUUAAAUAUGGCAAAAAUCAAUCAGGAGUGGCGUUCCAUUCUGCGGAAUAUUAAGUGUAUUGAGCUGCGAAAUGAAGCGAAAAAUGUGCAAACUUAUUUUGCUGAUGCAUUCGAGCGGAAAAAUCAGAAAAUUGAACGAUUGCUGUCUGAACUCGAUCAACAGGAAGAUAUGUAUGUGAUGCUAUUCAAAUCGCACAUGGAAUCGAUUAACAAGCUCAUUGGUUUACACGGUGAGCGUUUGGCUUAUUGGACGGAUCAAUAUGAAAAAGAGAAGAAAAUUUUAUUGGAUCAAUACGAGCAAGAGAUUGAAAGUUACAAAGAUAGAAAAUUUCGAGCCCACAAAGAGUUGGAAUGUGUUCAUUAUGCGUUGCAAAGUGAAUACGACGAACAAAACGCGCAGGAUGAAAAAGAGCACCAAGAGAAAAUUGACGAUAUUAAAAGCAAAAUGAUUUUAAAACUGCAAGAAAUCACAAAAGAGAGCGAAAAUAAAAUGAAUAAAUUGUGGUCGGAUUUCCAACAAGUGCUGAAAAAUUAUUCGGAUCAAACGGAAGAAAAGUAUGCCGAAUACGUGGAAAUGCGUGAAAAGGACAACGCAGACACAAAAGAAAUUCAUCAACAUUAUUUGGAGAUCGCUAAAGCAACCAGGGAUAUUUCAUUGUUGAAGAGUAUUCUGGAGGCACAAUCAAAUGAGCAUCAAAUUCACGUCAAUCAAAUAAAUCAAUACCAAGAGCUACUCAAAGAGAAACAAAAACGAAUGAAAGCCACAAUGAAUUCCAGCGAAAAAAUGCAUAAGAAAUUAAUGAAGACGCUUGUUGUUAGCAGCACAGAUGUUAAUACGAAACUCGACAAGAUAUUGGCCAAAGGCAAACAAAUUUUGCAAUUAACCGAGAUUUGCAGUAAAUAUGAAACGGAAAGGGAAAAGAUGAAAAACUAGCCGAAAAUCAAGAAGAAGAAAUGUUGAAGGACUUCAAAGAGGUUUGAACCGUCUAUCCAAGAAAAUAUUUCAAUUCCUCAUGUGUAUCCUUUUUAGCUCAAUUUAAACGUCGUCUCAAAAAUGGAAAACUUCUGGAUUCGCUAUAAAAAUGUGGAAAUCGAUUGUGCUUGUCUGGAAGAGGAGCGUCAAGGUCUUCAGAAAGAAAAUGAGAUGCUGAAAGGAAAGCUGAAGCAAUACCUAGAGGAUGUAUCGGUGGUGAAUGGUCGCGUUGGUUCGUCAAAAGAGCGUUUGCGUCCUCAGAGUAUGAAAAUUGAGCGACUAACUUGUGCUGCAUCAGCUCCAAUUCCAAAAUCAAAGGAACAGCGUCGGCCAGUCACCGGCGUUGAAGGCAACUUGAGUGUUGCUGUUCGCAGCAAAAGUCUAGUACAAACGAAUGUUAAAACACCAAACAUUUUUUCAGUCGUAAAUUAA